CACCACAGAAAGCUGUGACGUCCUACACACGUAUGUUCCGUCACUAUGGCUGCAAGAGACGCGACAUGGUGAAAGCUGCUUGAACACAGUUAUUAGGGAAGAAUCUUAUCCGUUUCACGUUUUAUCUGAUAUUCAUUGUUUAGUCUAAUAGCAGAGAACGAGUCUGUUAUUUCCGUAUUCGGGGCCGUUUAACGCUAGUUCACUAUUUGCUCAGCGAAGAGGAUUAGCAGGAGUACACAACAGCUGCCUUCAUUCAGGUUUUCAGAAACAACAUCUCUAGCUGUUUUCUACCAAAAUGUCAAAAAUGUACCACAAAGAGAAAAGCAUUCAGAUAAAGAGCAGUGCAUCCGCACUGUACAACAACCUGAGCGUCCUGCGCAUCGCGCCACGCUGCCUCACCUACUUCACAGUGGUUCACGCCAAUGUGGUGAACAUGGUCAGUGCCUCCUGGGAUGGCCUGAACUAUUCUCACAGACAACUGCAGUCUAAAGAGGGCAACGUGGCCACGAGCUCCUCACUUAUUAUGCAGGCAGCCUGGUGUGUCCUGCCUUCAAGGGAUCUUCUUGUUCUCACUUCUCAGAAAGGAAUUCAGAUGUAUGAAUCGGAUGGAUCUAUUAUGGUCUAUUGGCAUGCACUGGAAACACCAGAGACACCUACUGCUAAAGCAGUGUUUGCACGAGGGAUUGCAGCAGUGCGGGAAAAAUUCAUUUGUGUAGGAGUCUCGUCUGGCUCAGUGCUGGUGUUUGACAUUCCCAGUAAAGGCAGUAACAUCACCCUGUCUGAGGUUUUGGAGGAACACAAAGAGGCCAUCACAGACAUGGCCUCUGAGUGCUCAGGCAACAUGUGUUUUGAUGUUGUUUUUCAGGAGUGCAUUGGUGAUUUAGUUAGUGCUGAUGACUCUGGACUCCUUUGUGUGUGGAAAUCAGGAGAAGAUUUUCAACUGCUCAACAAGAUCCCUGGUUUUGACACUAGCUGUUCUUCAGUUAAACUGUGGAAGGGCACAGUCAUUGCAGGCUAUGGGACAGGACAGAUUCGUCUGUACGAGGCAGUCACAGGUAUACUGCAUGCAGAGGUUAAUGCCCAUGCACGCUGGAUCUACUCACUGGACAUUGCCCCGUUCACUGGGCUGCUCCUUUCUGCCGCAGAAGACUCUUGGGUUCGAGUGUGGCAUCUCAGCUUGACCCCUGAGAAUAACAGUGUAGAGAUGGAGCACAUGUAUAACGAGUGUGUGACUGAUAUGCAAAUUUGCGGAGCCAAGUUCUGUGAUGGUGACGGCUAUGCUUUUGCAGUGACCGGCUAUGACUUGAGUGAGAUUAUCCGUUACACACAAGCCUAAUCAGGAAUACAGCAUGUACUUCUAAGACAUUCCCAAGGGUUAUUUGAGGAUCACUUCUAAGAUGUCAUGUCUUGACAACAGGUUGGUGAGCUGUCUU